UCCAGCUGCUAGACCCGUUUUUGCUUUAGAAUGGUAAACACCGACAUUCUCACGUCGUACCUUGUGCUUGCUCUGUAGACUCGUAAUAUCAUGCAUGAGGAUUUUUGCCUGUGUACGUACGUAAUUACCCCAUGACAUUGAGCGCUUGUGCUGUCAUGUAUCGCCAUCGCAACUAUUAGUCCAUCGUUUCCAUGCAAUGUGCACUGGUCUUGGCGGCAUUUCACCUCUUAGGGAUAUGCCAGUGGUGUGUGGGUCAGUACCCAAGGACCCACUAUGACAUAAUAUCAAAAUCUUUAACUGCGCAUCGACGCUCACUAGAACACAAUCUUUAUGGGUCCAGCGGGACGACGUUGCCCCAGAGGAUAUUCUUCUUAUGUGGUAACGCUUGGCCAACUCGUGAACUCCGGUUCCAGGAUUAUGCCGUGCUCUUUGCAAAUUGCUUAACCUUUCGGCUGUUAUCUCGGUCGUCCAGGCCAAGUGAACCUUCUCCCCGAAACUUGAAUGUUACAAACCAGUCUCGACGCUUGACUAAAAUGGCCACUUGUCAACUAGGGUGUUUGAUUACAGUGGAUCCCCACGACAGGGCAUGUACAUAAGGCUCGCGGACAGGGAGCGACCGUCUUUGCAA